AAAAUGAGGUGAAAACGGAGACGACCGAUUUCUCUUCAAUUUGGACAUGAUCCAUGGAAAAUGAUAAUAGAUGGAAGAAUCUCCAGGAAAUUAUUUUUCAAGGAACAAAACAGUCCGUCCACUAUCAUUGGAUAUCGGAUGGCACAUCGGGAAGUAAUUUUAUUUGGACAAUUCUUGGGCUUGCUAAGAUUAGCCAUCUUGGUUUAUGGGCAACAAGGAUUCAUAAGCAUAGAUUGUGGCUAUGUGGAACAGGAUUACAUGGAUCCAAACACCAUGAUCACUUACACAUCUGAUGCCAAAUACAUUGAUACCGGGGAAUCCGUGAGAAACUUAAAUUCUGCCCUGUCAUCGCAAUAUCAAUCACUACGAAGAUUUACACAGGGAAAAAGGAAUUGUUACAAUGUGACUAGCCUCGCAUCUAAUCGCAAAUAUCUGAUAAGAGCAUCCUUCGUGCAUGGAAACUACGAUUCCAGUUUCCAGAUACCCAAAUUUGACCUUUACUUAGGGGUGGACCUCUGGUACAGUGUGAGCUUCCAGAGUUUCUCUGAUCAAGUUUGGGCAGAGAUUAUCAGCUUGAUUAAGUCAGAUCACGUGGUGGUAUGUUUGGUGAAUACCGGCCAUGGAACACCUUUCAUAAAUGUGUUAGAGCUUCGGCCAUUGCCUAGCUUCAUGUAUACUAUUGUUAAUGGCUCAUGGUCUCUCACAACUUUACAUCGGAUCGAUGCAGGAAGCCUCUCAACUGUUACUCUAAGGUACGGAUCAGACCCCUACGAUCGAUUUUGGGUUCCCUACACCUUCAAAGACUGGAUUGCCCUUAACACUUCCUCGACCAUCAUUAUCAACCAAAAUAAUCAGUUCCAACCGCCGCUUGCGGUCAUGCAAACAGCAGCACAAUCCUCAAACAGAAGCACCGGCAUAAAUAUCAGUUGGGAGCCACCCACAUGGGCCCCUGAUGCUCUCUUCUACUUUAACUUCUAUUUCGCUUUAACACAGGUCGUUGCCAACUCUACUCGAGUGUUGACCAUUUUCCUCAAUGGAGAACGGUGGGGCGAGCCACUUAACCUCCUGUCUCCCACCAUGCACUGGUCGGGUACAUUGAAUCCUGAAAGACGUUCUCAAAAGUAUGAGGUUGACAUCAGAGCAUACACAUUUUCUGAUCUCCCACCCAUCAUCAAUGCGUUCGAAAUCUACAUGGCGAAUGCACCCUCUUCAUCGGCAACCGAAGCUCAAGACGUUGCAGCACUUUUGGAUAUUAAAGAUAAACUCGGAUUGAAGAACAAGAGUUGGGUUGGAGAUCCUUGUCUUCCACAAGAGUACCAGUGGGAUUCUUUGACUUGCAACCAAGAACAAAACCCAAGAGUUAUAUCACUGGAUCUUUCAGCAAGCAGACUAGAAGGAGAAAUACCGGCUUCCAUCGCGGACCUCUCUGUACUUGAAUCUUUGAACUUUUCAAACAAUAAGCUGACAGGCACCAUUCCAGAAAGUUUAGCUGAUCUGACAGAACUAAAGUCCCUGGAUUUGUCACAAAACAAUCUUAGUGGGCAGGUGCCAAUGGCAUUGAUAGAAAAGAAUACCAGUGGAGCACUUGUAUUAAGAAUUCAUGAGAAUUCCAACCUUUCAAUAACCAACUCAUAUCAGCCUCCUAGACAAACGAAAAGUAAGAAGACCGUGGCUAUUUUGGUAAUAUCUGUUGCUUCAGCAGUCAGCUUGCUCUUCGCCUUGGUUGUCGGGUUAAUAGUGAAGAAAAUAAAAGUCUCGGUGAGCUUCAGUUCAAUCCAAGAUGUAAUCUUUAUGGUAUACAUAUUUUUUUCCUACACCAUUGAAUCAGGAGAAGAGAAGUUGUGUAACAAAGAAAGGGAUGACACACCAAAACCAGAUGCCACCAGAGCAUUUACACAUGCAGAAAUUGUAAAAAUCACCAAUGACUUUGAAAAGGUCAUUGGCAAAGGAGGCUACGGGCCUGUUUUCUAUGGAUGCCUAGAAAAUGGCCAUGAAGUUGCUGUGAAGUUACUGUCCCAGGAAUCACAGCAAGGAUAUAAGGAAUUCCUUGCAGAGGUUAAACUGUUGAUAAGAAUUCAUCACAAGUACUUAGUCUCUUUCAUAGGAUUCUGUGACGAAGGCCCAGAAAAGAUUCUGGUCUAUGAGUACAUGUCAAAAGGGAAUCUGAAAGAGAUUUUGUCAGAUAAAAACAGAAAUUCAGUAUCCUUAAAUUGGGAACAGCGUCUUCGAAUAGCUCUGAGUGUUGCACAAGGAUUGGAGUAUCUUCAUUGUGGAUGCAAACCACCAAUCAUUCAUAGAGAUGUCAAGACCGUCAACAUCCUCUUAAAUGAAAACCUAGAAGCCAAAGUAGCAGAUUUUGGGCUGUCAAGAUUAGGGCCAACUGAGGAUGACACUCACAUAUGGACUAUUGCCGCGGGCACCCCUGGAUAUGUGGAUCCUGAGUACAACAUCACGAACAAGCUCACUGAGAAGAGCGAUGUCUAUAGCUUUGGGAUAGUUCUUUUGGAGCUUAUAUCAGGCCAGCCUGCAAUAAUUUUGGAUGAAGAGAGACUACAUAUAGUACACUGGGUAACUCCCAAGAUUAAAACAGGUGACAUUGUUAGUGUGGUUGAUCCGAGGUUGCAGGGGGAAUAUGACAUUAAUUCAAUGUGGAAAGCCGUUGAGAUAGCAUUGGCAUGUACACCAGAGACAGCCGUUAGGCGGCCAACGAUAAGUGAUGUUAUCGGUGAACUGAGAGGAUGUGUAGAGCUUGAGUCAUCGUGUCGCAGGAGAACUUCAAGAACAGAAUACCACACAUCAAGCCCCAUAACUGCUUCAAUAAAUAUGGAGAAGGAACCAGGAUUUGAUCCUUCACCAAGGUAGUCAGCUUCAACAGUUUUCGCAUGCAUGUCGGAAGCCAUUAUAGGACAGUCAACAUCUGCCAAGGUUCUCAAAGCAAUUAGAUACGUUGAGCAAGCCUUUUAUUUCAUUCUUAAAUUUUAUGUACUUCUGCUCACUCAACAUUGAAUGUGGCCCGUGAUUCUCUUAUGCCUUCAGUCUACUCUUCUUUGGUUUUACGAGGUAGACUAGCCUGUAAUUCUCCAUUAUUGGGUGUAAUUCUCGACUAUUGAGUGUAAUUCUGCAACUUGAUGAUAUUUAUUUUCCUGUUUUCUUUUAAA